AUGGCUCCCCCUCCCCCUCCCCCUCCUCCUUCACAGGUACUGCCUCCACACAUUAUUGCGCGCCAGUCGCGUCAACCCCAGCUGUUCAUCACUAACAAAAGACCCAAUGUCAACAGACCCCCUCUCGGUCUAAAUCACGCAGCACGACAACAACCCAACCCUUCCCUCAAUCUCAACAGCUUCUCCAUUCCCGACACCAGCGACCUACUCGAAGCCACCCGACGCCAGGUAGCGGCGGACAACGCGAGCCAGGGACGGCCCUUCUGGACUACCGCAGCCGCCAAGAGACCUGCCGACGAAAACAUGGCUUUCAACUUUGGUCAGCAGGCGAGCAGCGCUGGUGCUUCGGGCAGCGCACCCGCCACAUCUGGUGCGAAUGACGGUGGGUCGAUCUUUGGACAGAGCAAGACUACAGCUGGCAGUCUGUUUGGCCGUGACACCAACGCGCCAACCUCGGGCUUCGGUGCCGCUCCUGCUUCCAACGCGGGUGGACUCUUUGGCAAUACGAACAACUCACAAGCCAAACCUGCAGGUGGCUUCAGUUUCGGGCAAGCUACAGGUAGCACGCCUGCUUCGGGCACUGCGACACCCAGUGCGCAACCACCGUCGUUGUUCGGCGGCAACUCUGGCUCAACUGGUGGAAUGUUCGGCGGCGGCAACAACAACAACAACAAUGCAAGCGCAAAUCCUUUCGGCUCGUCAACUGCAGGCUCAUCCGCUCCGGUAGCCGGCAGCUUGUUCGGCGCCAAGCCUUCGGCAAGUCCAGCUGCUACACCAGGCGAGCAGCCCAAAGCUGGUGGAAUGUUCGGGAGUGGAGCGCCUGCAUCAAAUACUGGUGGCAGCCUCUUCGGUGCCGCCGCAGCUAGCAAUCAGCCAUCUUGGAGUUUCGGGCAAAAUGCACCAGCAGCCGAACAGAACCAGCCCGCCAGUACGCAGAGUGUCUUCGGCCAAAGCACAUCCACGACGCCUGCCGACAAGCCAUUGUUCGGCGCCAUCACCCCUCAAAACAGCAAAACUGCUCCUCCAAGCUUCACACCCGCUGGUAACCCACCGUCAAGCUCGUUGUUCGGUGGAGCGGGCAAGCAGAAGGAGAACGAGCCAGCCACAAGCCAGCCCCAGCAAGGUGGUAGCUUGUUCGGCGCCAAGCCAGCAGCUACACAAGCGCCUGCUUUCCAAUUCCCUGGUACAGCUCCUACACAAUCAUCUUCAACACCUCAAUCGAAUAAUGGUGGUCUAUUCGCCCCUAAGACAACUGCUCAAGGUCCAAAUGCCACACCUUUAGCGGCACCUAGUCUUUUCGGUGGAGCUGCCCAGCCACAGCAAUCGAGCUCGGCUACUCCAGCUUCAUCUGCUCCCGCAGCUGGCGGUCUAUUCUCGAACCUACACCAGCCUGGUGACUCGGCUCCUGCGCAGGCUGCUGGUCAAGGCCUGUUCAGUGGCGCCAGUGGUUUCAAGCUGCCAGGUGCACCUGCCUCGAGCACAGCGAAUCAGCCAACUGCUUCCACAACUUCGGCACCGGCUCCUAGUUUCAGCUUCCCAACAGCUGGGCAGACUACUUCGUCUGCUCCUGCUCAGCCAGCAAGCACUACCGCACCAGCACCAUCAUUUAGCUUUACUCAGCCUACACCAUCCACGACCUCGCAGACUCCUGCUGCUGCACCUGCUCCGGCAGCAGGGUCUGGUGGACUAUUCGGUGCUACUGCUCCUGCGCCAGCAGCAUCCGGUGCAGGCGGAAGUGGAGGACUAUUCAGUGGUGCUGCAGCUCCAGCAGCAUCGAACGCGGGUGGAAGUGGUGGAGGACUAUUCGGCGCACCUGCCUCAUCCCAGGCAGCUCCAGCCGCAAGCAGCGGUGCUCCGGCCGGUGGGCUCUUCGGCAAUACCGCUCCAGCCGCUUCUCAAUCCACCAUGACCGCAGCUCCAGCAGCACCCGCCCUUGCCGCUACAGCCUCCACCACCGGGCCCGCACCACCCCAACAAUCCCGCCUCGCAUCAAAAAGCAUGGACGAGAUCCUAACCAUGUGGUCCACCUCCCUCGCCACACACCAAAAGACUUUCCAGCAACUUGCCCAGCGCGUCAGUACAUGGGAUCGACAGCUCGUGGAGAAUUCUUCCAAGAUCUCCGCGUUGUAUGGGAGAUGUUUCCAGGCGGAGAGGGAUUGUUCCGAGGUUGAGAGGCAGUUGGGGAAUGUGGAGCAUGGGCAGGUGGAGCUGGAGGCGUUGUUGGACAGAUAUGAGGGCGAGGUUGAUAGGAUGAUGGAGGGAAGUGGGUUUGGGGAGGGAGGGGGAGGCGGUGGGGGGCCUGGGGGGGUUGAUCGAGAGAGGGAGAGGACAUACAAAACCGCUGAAUCCUGCUCCAACCGCCUGACGGAUAUGCACCACUCCCUCACCUCCAUGAUCGAGGAGAUCAACGUCUCUUCCUCCUCCCUCUCCGCUGCCAACGGUGGUAGAAGCACCAGCAGGAAUCACCAGGACAAUAAGGAUCCCCUGGCCGAUAUCGUGACGAUUCUGAAUGGGCAUCUGAGUCAAUUGCAGGCGAUUGAUCAGGGUGCGGCGAUGCUGCAGGGGAAGGUGCAGCUGGCGCAGAGGGAGGCGAGGGGCUUGAGUGAGAGGAGUGGGCUUGGUGGGGGGAGGGGGGAGUGGGUCGAGGGGUUUGGGAGGAGUUAUUUGGGGAGGCGGUAG